AAAGAAAUAUCAAAAUUGCUAAAAAUUCUAAAUUCUUUCUUUGCUACACUAAAAAAUUUAUCCAUUGAGUAGAUGUGUUCCUUUUUCUGUUAAAUGUACAAUCUUCAUUAUAGCAAGUGCAUAUAUUCGUGUCCUACAUAUAAUAUACCAUAUAUGUUUAUAGUUACUAUUAUUAGGGGUGUUAUAUACUUUCUCUGUUUUAAAAUUAUUGUUUAAAAAAAUUGUUAAAUGGGUCUGGGUCGCGUCCGUCAUGGAGUAAUGCAAAUCCACUUUAUAAGACCAACAAGAUUCUACCUCAAAAACAUAUGGUAAUGAGGGAAAUAACCCCUUAGCCUUACAAUGUGAAUACAACUCAUACAAGUCUUCAAUUUGAGAUACACAUCCCAACACUCCCCCUUAAUUCCAAAUUUGUUAUUUAUGGGACAACACUUCCACUAACAUAUGGGUUGUUCAUGGGGCUCAACACUCUCCCUCACACGUGAUUUGUUUUUAAUUUCAAUCAAUCCAAAUCCCAACGUGGACUCUGAUACCAUUCUCUGCCAACUUUGUAUGUGGUCAAGCAUUCCUCCGACAUAGUCUUGUCUUAGGCCAACGAAUUUAUCAUGGUAUUAGAGCGAACCAUGCUGACCCAUUAUGAAAUGAAAGAAGGAAGGUGUUAAAGAUCUAUUUGAGGGUAAAAAAAGCCCAAUAAAAAUGUGAUUACCCCAAGAAGGGACUCAGCUGACCUCAAUCCUCAUGUCGAAAGUCUAGAGAGGACCCAACGAGGAUGUUGUGACCUAUCCAAAGUGUAAGAUUAAAAGUGACUCAUAUAUGGGGAAAAGUGUUAGGAGUGUAACGACCCACAUGUGAGUUGAGAAUAGUUGUCUCACAUUGAACAAAUAGAAGAUAAUGACUAACAUAUAUAAAUUGAUAGGUUACUCCACCUAUUACAAGUUGGUCUUAGAAUGUAAUCCUGCCAAACUUAUAUGUUGUCAAACUCUCUUCCUAAACUUUUUCUUUGUAUGAAAUUUUCUAGGUGUUUUAAGAACCAAAAUUUUAUCAUUAGACUUCCAAAUAUUUUGUGAAUUUUAUUAAUACUUCAUUAGUUUAGAUCUCUAGAUAUUAUUCCAACCAGGGGCCAAGGUAAGAUAUGGCCAAGGCCCAAGAGUGGCCUUGCCCCCCUCCACUCAUUGGUGCAGACACUAGAAAAAUAUUAUUAGUGUUUUAUCUUUAAAAUAGAUUAAUUAUUAUUGAGCUAAAACAAAUAUAACUAGUCUAAUUUAUUUAAUUUAUCCCACUCAAAUAAGAAAUUCAAAUUAAAUUAAACAAAUAUAUUUUGGAUUCUAAAAUAUUCGAGUUAAUCCAUAUCACUAGUCCGAAUAAGAUGGUCAAAUUGCAAAGGUUAAAAAUACUCCCAAGUCAUAAGCGAGCCCAAGCUAUAAACUACCAAUUUUCAUGAAUGUAUCUUCAUUCCCUAUAAAUAGACCUCACAUCCUUCAGUUGAGGGGAUCGAAAAAUUAUUAUUCUCAAGAGAUUAUAAAAUUCUUUUGGAGUUAUCUCUGCAAACAUUCAACAAUCACAUCAAAACUGUGUCGACUUUCAAAAAUACUAAAAAGAGUACCUAUAAUUAAUCACAUGAAAACCAUGAAAGCCUAUUGCUAAGAAAAAAGAUAGAAACAUAUUCAUUUGAGAUUCAAGCUUUGUCAAACUUUAUUCGAAUACACUCAAACAAAACUCAAAUUCGGAUUGACGUUGACAAAUCGUUAUACCACAUUCAAACUAAGGUUGACAUUGAUAAAACCUCACUCUACACUCAACUCCACUAGAUAUUAAUAACACAUGUUCAUUCUCUAGCUACGGAACAGAAUCAGAGGACUUAGUUCAUUUUCAUUAUAAACUGUUUACAGAUAUUGUACUCAAUAUACAUUAUUGAAAUAAAAUUUCUUUAUUACUUUAUUUCUUAAUUGUCUUACUUAUUUUGACUUAAAAUUUGUGUAUAUACUCGGAUAUCAGUUGAGUUUGAUAUAUAUUGUAUAUUGCAAUUUUUUUUAUAUAAAAAAAGGUAUAUAAAGAUUACUCAUUAUUGGCCCAUCGUAUAAAUUUGUCUAGCUUCCCGACAAAUUCCAAGUAUUGAUACUAUGGAUGGGCACCCAUUGAUUCUGAAAGUGCAACCUUUCACUCUCUUUUCUCCUCCUCCCACACCCAUUAUUUAUGCAAUAAUUCUUUGCUUUACAAAACAAUUAUUGUCAACCCUAAAUAAUGGCCCACAUUAACAUAUACAAAUAUCUUUAAGGCUGUCCCAAAAUAACAUUAAGCUUCGUUUGGUAAGGUGUAAAACGUUUUCUUGUAAAAUUAUUUUCCUCUAUUUUCAAUUUUAUAUCGUUUAGUUGGCAAAAGAGUGUAAAACGAUUUUCCUUUGGAGUAAAAUUACUCUCCUAAUGAUGGAAAAUCAUUUUCCCUUCAAAAUGAAGGGAAAACUGUUUUCCUUAUCUUUCUUGUACACUCCUCUCACUACCUCCUUACUAUCCCUUUCAUUUCAUCAUUUUUCUUAUAUUGAACCAAACAACAAAAAAACUAAUUUUGAAAUUGCGUUUUCUAUUAUAAAUUGUUUUCCACGAAAAUCAUUUUAUACUGAAAAUGUUUUACGCCCUACCAGUUUAAUAGCCUAGUCAUUUCUAGAAUUAUAAAAUAAAGUUUCAAGGUGUCCAUCAAAAAGAAAAUAAGAUUUUUAAGGUAAGACAUAGGUAUCAUGCUUGUAGUUUAGAUGAAGCUUUCACCAGGUUCGUGUGGAUUCGCGUUGAAGUCUACUCUCGCUCAUAAAAGUCUUAUCUCUAUUAAGUACUUAUCUUAAUGUCUUAACGUGCAAAGAUGGAUUAUUGACCUGACCCACUACGCCACGUAAUUAAGUCAUCUUAUUAACUUCCCCUUAUAUAUAUAAUCUAUAGCAACGUAACCCUUUGCUUUAUAUCAUUAUUCAUUAAUUCAUAUUUCAUAAAGUCCUUUAACAAAAUGGAGGGGCUCAUCCCUUAUAUCUACAAAGCUAUAGUGCAACACAAGGAAGGUGAUCAAGGUGUAGCUCAUCAGUCAUGGAGGCUUAUUCAUGGAUCAUCGUCGUCGUCGUCGUCGCCGCUUUCGGCCUCCUCCUACAUGAGGCUUCCAAGCGGAGAUUCUGGUCGAUUUCAAGCAGUUUCUGAUAUCAACAUAUUACCAUCAACAACCACUCAAGUUAUGCUAUCAUCUGAGAUUCGAUCCGCGAAUCCGUGUUUGAGUUCUCGUCAUCAUGUUCAUCAUGAUCGUCAAGUUCUAUUGAUGCAUUGAUAUUGUGAACUACUGAACUGUCAAGGGUACAUCACAAAGGUGAUGCAGUCUAUCAGUUUAUGUAACUCAUGGAAGUAUAUAUGGAAAAGGCAAAUGCUACCAUAUAUACACCUUUGUAUGUUAUAUAUUCCUUUGAUUUAGUGUGUGUUCUUUGAGUGUGAAAACUAAAAAGUCACAGAAUUAAUUGUAUGUAGGAUAUUGUGUAAAUAUAUAUGCUACUUAUGGCCUCAAGGGGUUGGUGUACCAUAUAUGUUCUAAGUAUUUGAUUUCUUUUGUUCUCAAUUGUCCCUCUUGAGUCUUCACAAAGUGUAAAUGGUAUGUGUGUGAUGGCAUGGCUACAUUUGGAUUCAAAUGAAAUAAUAUAUCAAGUGUAUAUUAAGUUUUUUUGGAAGCAAAAUAUAUAUUAAUUAACGUGUUUGGUUUUA